CAAAAGAAAAAAGAAAAUGAUGUAAAAAGAAGAAGAAGAAGAAGAAUAAAAUUUAUUACUUUUAACAGCCAAAAAAAUAUUGGUCCCAAAAAUGAACAAUAAAUAAAAAUUAAUGUAAAGUUUGUCAUCUUUGAUGUGCUGGGCCAGUUUUAAAAACGAGUAGAGAAAAACAGUACUCACUCCUCUCCCCCUGACUCCCUCCUAUUUAUUCCCCCAACAGAUACUAUUUCUUCCAUUGCAGCCUUUCCUUAAUUCCCCUUCUCAACUAUAUUCUACAAAGCCUCCGCCUGAGUGCUUUUUUUUUUCUGGUAAAAAUCAAUCAUCUUCUCUUCUCUUGAAUUUUCAGUAGCUAAGGUUUUCUUUUGAGAAUGUGCAUUGGGCUAAUAUAUAUCACUAAAAACUUAAAUCAAUUUUCAUUUCCUUUAAUUCAUGCAGGAAGGGCCAAAAAUGAUGCUACUUGGACUUUUCAUGGUCGGAUUAAUCUCCGUGGCUUCUCCAGUUCACGGCUACUAUGGCGGUUGGUCUCGCGCUCACGCCACAUUCUAUGGUGGCGGAGACGCUUCUGGAACAAUGGGCGGAGCUUGCGGGUAUGGAAACCUGUAUAGCACGGGUUACGGUACGUCAACCACGGCUUUGAGCACAACCCUUUUCAACAAUGGCUUAAGCUGUGGAUCAUGCUACCAAAUUAUGUGUGUCGGUGAUCGGAGUUGCUUACGUGGAAGUAUUACGGUCACCGCCACCAAUUUCUGCCCGCCCGGCGGCUGGUGUGCUCCUCCUAACCAACACUUCGAUCUCUCCCAGCCUGCAUUCUUACGGAUUGCCCAAUACAGAGCCGGGAUCGUUCCCGUUGCAUUUAGGAGGGUGCCCUGCAGAAGAAGGGGUGGGAUUAGGUUCACAAUAAAUGGACAUGCCUACUUUAACCUUGUGCUCGUGACCAAUGUUGGAGGAGCUGGGGAUGUACAGUCAGUGUACAUUAAGGGAUCAAGGACUGGAUGGCAACAAAUGUCCAGGAAUUGGGGUCAAAAUUGGCAAAGCAAUGUUUACCUAAAUGGACAAAGCCUAUCUUUCAAGGUCACCACAAGUGAUGGCCGGAGUCUAGUCUCUUACAAUGUUGCCCCUCCAAGUUGGUCGUUCGGGCAGACUUUCUCCGGCCGCCAAUUCUACUAAUUCAAUAAUUUUUCCGACCGGACCUCAUUCUUACUAAGUGACUACAGUACUGCAUUGGUCGAGUGAUAUCCAAACUGCUGUAAAAACAUAUAUAUUUUAGAUUUGGUAGCUUAAUUCAUUCAAGUGUUAUAUCAUCAAGUUGUAAGGCAAUUUUUGAGUGGAGCUAAGUGAAAAAAAAAAAAAGGGCUUUGUAAGUGUGGUCCUUUUUUCUUUUUUUUUAGCAAACAAAUAUAUAGCGUUGUUUUAUUGUUGAGGAAAUAAAAGCAGGCAAUUGUGAUAU